AUGGAUUUUAAUACAGACGAACAUUUUUAUGGAAUUAAUAAGUCCUUAUAUUACAAGAAUGAAGAAUAAAAGAAUGAAAUAAAGAAAAUGGACCCUGAAUAUCUAACUCGAACGUAAUUAUUUAAUUUAAUGAAAGGGGAACUGAUUUUGUUUUAUUACCUAAUUCACCUGAAUUCAUAAAUCAUAAUGAACCAUUUGAACCUAUGUAUAUUCCAAAAUAAACAAUUUUGGAAGAAAGUUUGAGAAGAGAGAUCGAAAGAAUCUGUUUUGCAGACACACUUUUGAAUAAAGUUGUAUUUGACUGUACUGAUCCUAGUCCUUUUACUAAGGUAUAUUUAAAUAUAUUUGUAUAGGAUAUUGAUCCAGCAAUUUAUGGAUUGGAAGUAUUACCAUUUUAUUUGCCAUAAUCAAAAGAGGAUUCAACAUUAGUUUUUGAAAGUAGAUUUGAAAGUGGAAAUCUUAGAAGAGCAAUAUAAAUGUAAGCUAUAAAUUCAAGUAUAUUUCAAGUUGCGAUUAUGAGUAUAACCUGAUUCUUAAACCUGAUUAUUACACUACAAUGAAUACUUAAUGGUUCUAUUUUUCAUUAUCAAAUACAAGAAAAGAUGUUGAGUAUAGAUUCAAUAUUAUAAAUAUGAUGAAACCAGAUUCAUUAUAUAAUUCAGGAAUGAAACCAUUAAUGUAUUCAGAAUAAGGAGCAAAAUAAAAAAGUAAAUAUUUUUAUAAUAUUUUUAUUAGAAAUAGGAUGGUUUAGAGAUGGUCAUGAAAUAUGUUAUUAUCAGAAUAACAUGAAAAGAAAAAAUGGAGGAUUCUAUUAUACUUUAACAUUUGCAGUUAAAUUUUAGCAUGACUUUGAUUGUGUCUAUAUUGCUCAUUGUUAUCCAUAUACAUUUACUCAUUUGUGCAGAUAUCUAAAAUAAUUAGAAUCUGAUCCUGCAAAAAAAAAUAGGGUGAAAAGAAAAUAAUUAUGUUAAACUAUUGCUGGCAAUAUGUGUGAUUUUUUAAUAAUUGGAGAUUUUAAUAAUGGAAAAGAAAAAAAGGGAAUUAUUAUAACAUCAAGAGUUCAUCCUGGAGAAACUAUGGCUAGUUAUGUGAUGGAAUAUAUGAUUGAUUUUUUAACUGGUAAUACACAUGAGGCUAGAAUAUUAAGAGAGAAUUUUAUUUUCAAAAUAGUUCCAAUGUUAAAUAUUGAUGGAGUUGUUAAUGGAAAUUAUAGAUGUAAUUUAGCAGGCGUUGAUUUAAAUAGAUAAUGGAUAGAUCCUAAUAAGAAAUAACAUCCUACAAUAUAUCAUACCAAAUAAUUAGUAAAAAAAACAAAAGAAGAAAGAGAUUUAGUAUUAUUUUGUGACAUUCAUGGACAUUCAAGAAAAAAGAACAUAUUUAUGUAUGGUUGUUCUGGAAAGGAUCCAAAUAGAAAAGAAUUGGUAUUCCCUAUGCUUAAUCGAAACAACUGCAGUGUUUUUUCUUUUAAAGAUUGUUGUUUCUUACUAUAAAAAGAUAGAGAAGGUUCAGCUAGAGUAAUAUAUUCAUAUUUAUUUAUAUAUAUAGAUUGCUUUAUGGAGAGAACUCUCUAUUAUCAAUUGUUAUACUUUAGAGAUGUCUUUUUGUGGAGCAGACUUUGGAAAAUAUGAAUAUUUUCAUUUUAAUCUAGAUAUUUACAAAGAAAUUGCACAAUCUUUUUGUUUAUCAAUUAUAGAUUGUUAUGAACCAGAAUAGAUUAAAGUUAAAUAAGUUAUGGAAGAAAUAGAAUAAAAUAGUCUGAAAAAUUAAUAGAAAGAUGAUAAAAACAAUUCUGGUGAUGAAGGAUCUGAUUAUUCUAAUGAUGAUCCAAAAGAAUAAGCUAUGCCUUAAUAAUAAAUUCAACUUUAAAAUAAUGAUUAAUGUAAACUAUUUUAAUUAUUUAUUUUUAGAAUUAGGGUCCUAAACUAAAAAGUUGAAAAAAAUACCCUUACUCCCUCCUAAGAAGAAAAAAGGUUAAUGA